UGAGACUCCGUGGGAGCCAUCGUCGUGUAGCGGGUCCAAAGGCAGCUGCGGGCACGUGUGUAACUUGAUCACGCGUGAUGGCAUCACGUCAGACUCCUUCCAGCUGCGAGUGACUCGAUUCAGCUUCAACAAUGGCGCCCGUGCUCAGACAAUCUUUUUCCCUCCCUUCAACCCCCGCGAAUACAACCGAGCCAUGCCGAUCGCACUCUCCACGAACCCCCUGACAGGAGAACUGUACUUCCGCCUGCCGCUCCCGCACUCCAACUUCAUCCUCACCCCACCGCGCGCGUCCGACGCCGAAUCGCUCAUGCACAUCAUCCGCGAUCCCGCGGUGCACACGUGGCUCGCACGGCCGAGCGCAGAAUGGGGGCUUGACGACGCGCAGAUGCUCAACGACGCGCACAUCGCGCAGGCCCGCUCGGUUCUACAAGCUAUGCAGGAGGGGGACGGGCUGGGCUUCUUCGGCGACUGCCCGCUGCGCGCGAUCCGAGAAGUGGGGCAGCCAGACGCUGCAGACGUCCACGUCGGGAAUGUGUCCAUAAAGCGGUGUGGGUGGUUCGAUGUCGCAAGUCCGCAGAGGGAGGCGCUGAUCGCGCUGAACGACGCCCGCGCGGUGGGAGAUGGGGAUAUCGUAUGGCAGGUUUCCGACUUCCUCGCCCCGAAACACCAUCGGCGGGGAAUCAUGACCGCCGCGCUCUCGGCACUGCUCGCCGCGUGGUUCGUCCCGCGAAUGAACGUGCGCAAGAUGCACGUGUGUGUGUGUUUGGGAAAUGCGGGCAGCGUGCGGGUGCUCGAGAAGCUUGGCUUCGUUCUGAGUGCGACGGUGGAAGACUUUCUUCUGGUGCGCGGGGAGAAACGGGGAUUGCAGGUGCUGGAUUGGGAUUACGAGGACGCUCUGCUGGAUUUGCCUGGACUUGCCGUACAGCUGUCAUCACCCUACAACACAAUUCCGAAGAAAGAGCUGCAUUAAAGCAUGUCGUGCAACAACGGCGGAGAUUCAGGCGCGCAUCAAUCAUGCCAUUGCCGAAGACCGUAACAAGCCCACCGCCCUAGGACAGCAGCGAGAAUCCCUCUGAGACCAUCUACCUCAAUCCAUCUAGUCAUUGGAAAAUCACGCGAUCUCGUAAUCACCCCACUGCACCCAGCGGAACCACCACCAAAAGCGCACCAUCAAUCCCGGGAGAAUGGCGUAGGACUGCCCGUGUCCGUCGACAUAUGCCACGACCGGCAUGUCCCCCACACAGGCCCGCUCGCCAUCUGCCGCAGCUUCUCAUUGUACGCAGCAGUCGCAGUGUGCGUGAUCCCGAUGGCCGACGCGCGGUUUGGCAGGACGGGGGCAGAUGAGGUCGCUCAUGUAUCGCGCCUGGCAGUCGUCUUGAUCCAUCAGCACAAGCGUCCCUUCAGGCCCCUGGGAUUCACGCACCCGAUUCCCGGAAGUGAACCGCAGCGAAAGUUGGCCGAUGAUCGUGAUCAGCCCUGCCGGUGAGGAUCAGCGCACGUGGUCCCGAUGUUGAACCCCUUAACUUACGUUCACCGGAGAUCACAAACAAAUUCGGAAAGCCGAGGAGACAGGUGCCCAUGUGCCCAUUCGGAUCUCCGCUUUCCUCUUGAUAGUCCGCGUCAAUAUAUUGCUGUUUUCAAGUGAUAGGGAUGGGAAGAGCAUCCUGGUGCGAGAGCUCAACAUAUCACGUGUGUGGUUGGAAUGCAGGGAUCCACUUGCCAGCGCGCUAGAAGAUUGGGCGGCCCCUUGAAGAGGCCUUUCUUUACCCUGAGACAAUCGGGCAGGCGGGGGAGGUCGAAAAACCGCAUCGUGCAAAUCACGACCCGCGUCCUCGGCACCCCGCCCAGCGAUAGCGCCACCUGAUAUCUUUUCGCUUCCGGAAGCCACCCGGCAACUCGUUGACACGCCUACGGAGCGUAUGAGCGCGCAGCUGUACGGGGAGAGACAGGGGGCUAGUCGGAGGUGGUGGGGAGGGAGCUGCGGCUCGAGCUCGCGCAGUAUAGUGUGUGGGAUUCUGAUCCUAACAAGGUCAGGCUCGGGGAAAUGGGCUUAAAAGGUCAGGCUCGGGGAAAUGGGCUUAACUGAAAUGGGCGGGGGCAGCAGUGAGCAACAGGGGGAGUAAAGGGACGAUAGAACAGGCGAUGGGACGAUAAUGACAACGGAGGACAGGACGAGAGGACGAUAGAACGACGGGGAGAUCAAUAUGUAUGUCUGUAGCACGAAAUGGGGGUUUGGGGGCGAUGUUGGGAAAAUAAUGCAGAAGCAGGCGCCGAGAAAGCGAG